GACCACCCCGGCCGACGUGGACCAAAAGAUAGCCACGGCCUUGCUGCCUUACACCGACACUUCCAGCCUCAACGCCACGGUGGCUUUGAGAACCACGUCGGCCGACGUGGACCAAAAGAUAGUCGGCUACGCCACCACCGGGGACCUGGCGAACUACGCCACCAGCGCGGACCUCACCGACAGAGACCAGCUGCAGUCGGCCAUCGAUGCCAUUCUUGCCCAGCUGGCUCUCCUCAACACGGGCGGCGGGAACAACUUGAUCAACGCGCAAGCCUGGCCCGGACAGAUCACCUGGGACCUACUAGUGCAGAACGACAGUUUCACUGUGUCUCUGACCUGCGAUUCCCGCGCAAGUGGACGGCGCAAUCGCAGUGGCCCGUUCCAUACAGCACCGUUCAGAUGGAUGCCGCCAUCGCAGCAGCACUGGUGCCGUACAGCACCACAGUUCAGAUGGAUGCCGGCCGUGGCCGGAAUCGACCUUAGUGUCUUCUACACGGCCGUGCAAACCGACGCCACCAUAGCGGCAGCUCUGGUGACUGUGACCCUUUCGAACGCACCCGCUGGGGCGGGAAACACCACCUGGGAGCUGCUGAAAGGCAGCAACGUGAUCCGAAACUUCCACUUCACGGGGCCUUUGGUGGCCACCCUGGUUAACAACACGGACAUCUUGCAGAUAGAGUGCCAGACCUAUAGCACGGCCAACCAAUCGGCUUUGGACGCUCUCCAGCCAGAGCUCGACGGCAAGAGCACCCCGGCUUCGGUGGACCGAAGCUGCACAACAGCAGCGAUGAACUCGGCUAUUGCCAGUGCCGACAACGCGGUGUUGGCUUCUGUGGCGGCCACCUACGGCUUGAAAACCGUCACGAACCAGCUCGCCUUGGACGUGGCUGCGCGGCAAACCGCGGCCGACGUCGACCAGAAGAUUACAGAUCCGUCGUGCAUGGGUCCCACGUCGCUGUGUAUUAAUCCGGAUAGAGAAUCUUGA